AUGCGACUAGAAAUUAAGCGCAAACUUUUUGCUCGUUCUGAACGCGUGAAAUGCGUGGAUUUUCACCCCACAGAACCGUGGCUGCUUGCAAGCUUAUAUAAUGGGAAUGUAUACAUUUGGAACUAUGAGACUCAGGCUUUAGUAAAGACUUUUGAAGUUACAGAUGUCCCAGUUCGUGCUGCGAAAUUCAUUGCACGCAAGAAUUGGCUCACCACCGGUUCUGAUGAUAUGCAAAUACGCGUAUUUAAUUAUAAUACGCACGAAAAAGUGGCUACCUUUGAAGCCCAUCCAGAUUAUAUCCGUUGUAUCGCUGUCCAUCCAACACAACCAUUCAUUCUUACUGGAUCCGAUGACAUGACCAUUAAAUUAUGGGAUUGGGAAAAAGGAUGGAAAUGUGUUCAGGUAUUUGAAGGUCAUACCCAUUAUGUUAUGAAUAUCAACUUUAAUCCAAAAGACUCCAACACAUUUGCUUCCGCGUGUUUGGAUCGUACAAUCAAAGUUUGGUCACUUGGCUCUCCCGCAGCCAAUUUCACACUCGAGGGUCAUGAUAAAGGUGUCAACUGGGUAGAUUAUUAUCAUGGCGGUGAAAAACCAUAUCUUGUUUCAGCGGCUGACGAUAAACUAGUCAAAAUUUGGGAUUAUCAGAAUAAAACUUGUGUUCAAACUUUAGAAGGGCAUACGCAAAAUGCUGCUUUCGCUUGUUUUCAUCCUGAAUUGCCAAUCAUAAUUUCGGGUAGUGAGGAUGGCACGGUAAAAAUAUGGCACUCAAAUACCUACAGAUUGGAGAAUACUCUUAAUUAUGGGUUAGUACGUGCUUGGACUGUUGCAUAUCAGAAAGGCAAUAAUAAUGUCGCUUUUGGGUAUGAUGAGGGUGCAGUUUGUGUAAAGUUGGGCCGAGAAGAACCAGCUGUAAGCAUGGACAAUUCAGGGAAAAUCAUUUGGGCAAAACAUAAUGAAAUACAGACAGCAAAUGUAAAGGCUGGCCAUGAUGAUAACAUCAAAGAUGGCGAACGUCUUCCACUGCCUGUGAAAGAUUUAGGCAGCUGUGAGGUUUAUCCACAGACACUUCAACAUAGUCCAAAUGGAAGAUUUGUUGUAGUAUGUGGCGAUGGUGAGUAUAUCAUAUAUACGGCUUUAGCAUGGAGAAAUAAGGGCUUUGGAAAUGGUUUAGAAUUUGUCUGGGCAUUAGAUUCUAAUGAAUAUGCUGUGCGAGAAUCUACGACCAAAGUCAAACUCUAUAAAAAUUUCAAAGAACGUCAAAAUGCUAUCAGGCUUAAUUUCCCUGCUGAAGGAAUUUAUGGAGGCACACUCUUAGGUGUAAAAAGCUCCAGUUUUCUUAAUUUAUAUGACUGGGAAACUGGUCACGUUGUGCGAAGAAUUGACGUUAUACCGAAAACUGUGUAUUGGAGUGAUGCGGGCGAUCUCGUCACUAUAGCUUGCGAAGAUACUUUUUACGUCUUGCGGUUUAAUCGUCAAGCCUAUAUACAAUUUAUAGAAAAUGGAGGGACAGUAGGGGAAGAAGGAGUCGAGCAAGCCUUUGAAUUUGUAACUGAAAUCCCUGAAAGCAUCAAGACGGGAACAUGGAUCGGUGAUUGCUUCAUAUAUACAAAUGCAGUUAAUCGUUUGAAUUAUCUUGUCGGCGCACAAACUUUCACAAUCAGCCAUUUCGACACAAACAUGUAUCUUUUAGGUUAUAUUCCAAAAGACAACCGGAUAUAUCUAGCCGAUAAAGAUGUUAAUGUAUAUAGUUAUACGCUGUCCUUAACGGUGAUCGAGUAUCAAACUGCUAUCUUACGUGGUGAUCUUGUAGCAGCCGAAGAGCUUUUACCCUCGAUUCCUGAUGAUCAACGCAAUCGGAUUGCUCGGUUUUUAGAAAGUCAAGAUUUGAAAGAACUCGCGCUAGAAGUCUCUACUGAUGUUGAACACAAAUUCGAGCUCGCAAUACAGCUUGAUAAAUUGGAUAUAGCUGUAGAAAUCGCUAGAGAAGUCAAUUCAGAAGCUAAAUGGAAAGCAGUUGGUGAUUCUGCCUUAAGUUCGUGGAAGUUCUCAUUGGCAGAAGAAUGCUUAAAAAAGGCUAAAGAUCAAAGUGGGCUAUUACUUCUAUACAGCGCUUCAGGAAAUGCUAAAGGAAUAAAAGAGCUAGCUGAGACGGCUGCCUCCGACGGCAAGAACAAUAUUGCGUUUGCGUGCUACCUACACCUCGGUAUGGUUGAGGAAUGUAUCGAUCUUCUUAUUAAGACUGAUCGUAUUCCAGAGGCAGCGAUGUUUGCAAGGACUUACCUCCCGAGUCAGGUUUCGCGAGUCGUAAAACUAUGGCGAGAAAGCCUUGAAAAACAAAAUAAAAAGAAAGCAGCGGAAGCUUUGGCAGAUCCCGCUGAUUAUGAAAAUCUUUUUCCUGACUAUAAACAUGCAUUGAUUGCUGAGGAACUUUCAAAAAAGACAAGGAAUAAUAUAGUUCCCGCUACAGCAUAUUCAGCAUAUAAAGAUGGUCUGGAACAAGAUAUUAUAGCAGAUGUCAAAGAAAAAUAUCCGGAUGGAGUAUUAUUGCCAUCAAAUCCAUCUUCCCCUCUACAAAAUAGAUUAGUUAGUAGCAUUGCACGGAAAAGUGUGAAUGGUGACUUUGAUGAUGAGGUUUUAUCAUCAGUUGCCUCCGUAGAUGAUGAUCGCAUAAGUGUGGCUGAUAAUAUGAGUCUUUUGAGCAUGGAGGUUAACACAACAGGAACGGGGUCCGUUAGGGGUGAUGUUGAUUUCGAUGACAAUUCUUCACUCGCAACCUCGGAACAAGAGAGACCUAUGGAGAAUCUUGUAGAAGAAAAAGAUUUGAAUGAGUUUUUGUCUUGA